AUGGCUGAAGCAACAUCUGCACUUCCUGCAGAAUCCGCCAUCUCAUCUCCCUCUUCAAUAGCAUCCGCGCCAGUAUCAGUAGCACCAACAGCAUCGGCGGCAUCCACAGCAAUACCAGGAGGUGAAGCUUCGCCCGCAUCUUCUACUCGAUCUUCAAUUACGCUUUUACCAUCUCAAAUCCGGUCAUCUGCUGCUCCACCACCGGAAGGCACGCUCAAAAUGAAGAAGAGUUUAACUGUUGAUGGUACAGGCAAAGGAAAUGGAGGCAAGCACAACAGACGUUCGUCUGGUGGGAUCCUGUCUGGAUCUUCGUUGUUUGGACCACUGUUAGGGAAAAACGGUGAUGGUAGCGGAGGAGGAUUCCUUAAAGGGAAGAGGUUUUCCCAUAGCGGAUAA